CUUCUCCUCAACUCGGGGCUUCGGCGCGCCUCAUCCUCGCCCCUCGCCCCGGGAGAGGGGCGGGCGGCGCGGCAGGGCUCGCGGAGAACGGCCGGCGGGAGCUGACGGCUUCCGCCCGGCACCAGGCGCCCGAAGCCACCCGCCCACCGGCGAGCCAGGCCCGAGGGCAGCCCCGGAGACCGCGGCGGCCGGAUGCGCGGGUACGUCACUUCCGGGCGGUGCAGCGGCGGCCGCUUGGAAGAUGGCUGCGCCCUGUGGCUCGGAGCUGCCCGCCAACUCGCCGCUAAAAAUCCCGAAGAUGGAGGUGCUCUCCCCGGCCUCUCCUGGUGGCCUGAGCGACGGAAAUCCAUCGCUGUCCGACCCUUCCACGCCUCGGGGUGCCUCCCCGCUCGGGCCAGGCAGUGCGGCGGGCUCGGGGGCAGCGGCGUCCGGGGGUCUCGGGCUGGGGCUGGGGGGCCGCAGCGCCGCCUCGUCCUCGGUCUCCUUCUCCCCUGGUGGCGGCGGUGGCGGGGCUGCGGCAGCCGCCGCCGCCGCCUGCCGGGGCAUGUCGUGGACGCCGGCCGAGACGAACGCGCUCAUCGCAGUGUGGGGCAACGAGCGGCUGGUGGAGGCGCGGUACCAGCAGCUGGAGGGAGCCGGCACGGUGUUCGGCAGCAAGGCCCCCGGGCCGGCCAUGUACGAGCGCGUGUCCCGGGCCCUGGCCGAGCUGGGCUACGAGCGGACCCCAUCCCAGUGCCGGGAGCGCAUCAAGACCCUUCGCAGGUGUUACAGUCGGGUGAAAGAACAUGGUGUUGGGAAAAGAAAGAGCAGUUACACAUUUGAACAGUUGGAACAGGUGUUUGGUCAGGGAGGAUGGGAUGCUCAGCCCUGCCAGCCUGUACUUAUUAACAGUAGUGGCUUGUACCAGGAGCUGGAGUCAGAUGGCAGCACUAUGGAGGAGUAUUCACAGGAGGACUGGGGAAACCACAGUCAGGAGCUCCAUGGCUAUCCCACAGAUCAGGAAUUGGAUGAUAUACCUGUCACAAAGAGAACAUUAAAAAUAAAACAAGAGUCUUCUGAAGAAGCACAGAAGAGAGACAUCAUGCAGAAUAUUGUACAGAUUUUGGAAUCAGUACAGUUGAAAUGGGAACUAUUUCAGAGCUGGACAGACUUUUCAAGGCUUCAUCUUUCUAAUAAACUGGCCAUUUUUGGAAUUGGUUAUAACACCCGUUGGAAAGAGGAUAUCCGUUACCAUUAUGCUGAGAUCAGCUCCCAGGUACCCCUUGGCAAGCGACUCCGGGAGUACUUCAACUCCGAGAAGCCUGAGGGACGUAUCAUUAUGACCCGAGUGCAGAAAAUGAACUGGAAAAAUGUCUACUACAAAUUUUUAGAGAUCACUAUUAGUGAAGCUAGGUGCCUGGAGCUGCACAUGGAAAUUGACUGGAUACCCAUUGCCCACUCCAAACCAACGGGUGGCAACGUUGUUCAAUAUUUAUUGCCAGGAGGCAUUCCCAAAAGCCCAGGCCUUUAUGCCAUUGGCUAUGAAGAAUGUAUCGAGAGGCCCCCCUCACCCCACAUGGAGCGACGUUCCCUGGACGCCGGAAAGGAGGGCCGGAUUGACUUGGAAACCCUCUCAGCACAAGCCUCAUUACAGGUGGAAAUAGAACCCACCCGAAUUAUCUAUUGCUACCUCGGGAUUGCUGAGGUCAGGACUCUGCAGCAAUGCUUAUUUUUACAUUUCCAAGCAAAUACCAAAACCUUCAGCAAAGAUUGGGUUGGUAUUAAUGGGUUUUUGUCUCAGAACUGUAUUGUGGAUCCUGGAGUUUCCCCCAAAUCCAUCUAUAUCAAAUUUGUAGAAGUAGAGAGGGAUUUUCUUUCCGCUGGCUCUUUGGUUGAAUGCCUGGAAAAAGCCAUUGGAUACCCCUUAAAAUUUAACAACUGAAUGUCAUCCUUCAUAAGGAUUUGGGCUCUUACCUCCCUCUUCUCUACUCACUUCUCAUUACCCAGACUGUCCUUCAUUCAGAUGCUGCCAUCAGACUCUUCAUGGAAAUUCUUUCCACGAUUGGGCCGGUACACCUUCUAAGGAAUCAUAGUAGACUCUGGGCAGAAAAAACAGACCUCACCUGAAAAUGCUCAUUUUGAGCAAGCAAGAUAUACAGCGAACUUGCAUGGUGGGUCAGCUGUUUCUUUUUUAAAAACAAAAACCAAUUUUUAAAUGGAUUUUAGAGCCCUGAUAUAAACAAAUGUAGGUACAUUCCAUAUUGGACAAAACUUAUACUUUGAGUUUCAUAUGAAAUUGAAAAAUUGUAUUUUUUUCACAAUGUUUCAUUUUUACACAUCUCUAUGUCUCUAUAUAAGUAUUAUUUACAACCCUGAAUAAAUAAGCAAUAGAUAAUGGCAAGUUAAAUCUUGAGUCACAGUAAAGAAGACUGUUUUUCAAUAUCACCCUUAGCUACUAUUGUAUAUAAUUUAGUUUCAUUUUUUUCACCAACCAAGUGUUUUGCUAUUCCCAAUCAGUGUUGCCUGCAAAGACCUUUGUUUCUGUGAUGUACCAACUUUAUGGUUGUGUUGCCAUUUAAACUUUUUUUAAAAAAAACAAAUUAAAGGAAU